AUGACAGCGAAUUAUAAAAGGAAGUCUGGAGGAGAUAGAAUCAGUAACUUGCCAGAACACUUAAUAGCCUCAAUCAUAGAGCGUCUCCCGAUUCAAGAUGCUGUAAGGACAUGCAUUAUAUCUAAAAAGUGGAGGUACAUAUGGACCGAAAUGAGGGAGCUGGUUUUUGAUAACCAGUUCUCAAACAAAUUUGCAAAAAAUGGAGCUUUUGGUCGUAAUGGGUUUAUAAGGAUCAUAAAACAAGUCUUGACCCUUUCCAAAGGUCCUAUCUUGAAAUUUGCAAAAAACGGAGCUUUUGGUGGUAAUGAGUUUAUAAGAAUCAUAAACCAAGUGUUGACCCUUCACAAAGGUCCUAUCUUGAAAUUUCAUCUCCAUAUACCAAACAUAUUUCUUGAUAGCUUCGAAGAAGUCGAUCAAUGGAUGUUACUUUUAUCAAGAACCGGAGUCAGGGAACUCAUUCUUGUUAGUUCAAAUCGAUGUUAUGAACUUCCUUCUUAUGUGUUUUCUUGUCUAGAAUUGACAAAGUUGAAACUGCACAACUGUUUCUUUAAGCCACCACUUAAGUUUGAAGGAUUUCUCAAUCUUGAAGAACUUAUUCUCCGUCAUAUCGAUUUUGGAGCUAACUUGUGUGGAACUAAGAUCAACUUACCACAACUUAAGAAGUUGUCUCUGCAUUCGUGCUCAAACGUUUACAAUUUCAACAUCAAGGCUACAAAUCUCUUCCGUUUGGCUAUCAUCCUUUUGCUCAAGACAUUGACUGCAGGAAAUAUUCCAAAGUGGCUUCAGCAGCCGUACAAUAGUUUAAGGUAUUUAUGGUUCCGAAAAUUUCAACUUGGUGACGUGGAUCAACUUCGUGGUGCUCUUUGUUUGCUUCGGAACUCACCAAAUCUAAGAACACUGGGGAUGAACUUGGAGAAGUUAUUUCAGAAGCCUCGAGUUAACUUAGGACCUGCUUCAAGUAUUUUGGAAUCUCUAAACUGCUUGGACUAUAAAUUGUAUCAGUUGCAAAAUUUUGUUAUAACAUCUAUAGAAGGAUCAAAACCAGAAAUGCUUUUCAUAAAGCUUCUUCUUUCCCAUUCCCCUUCUCUCGAAAAGGUUACCAUUAGACCAAGUGGAUCUUCUAGUGUUCAAGAAAGACUUAACAUUGCGAAGGAUGUUAUGUGGUUCCCUCGAGCCUCACCAAAAGCCAAAAUUAUCUACUCGAAUCCGUAA